AUGUCGACGAGGAAGAAGGUCCUCCUCAAGGUCAUCAUCCUUGGCGACAGCGGUGUCGGCAAGACGAGUCUGAUGAACCAAUAUGUCAACAAGAAGUUCAGCGCGAGCUACAAGGCGACCAUCGGCGCCGACUUCCUGACGAGGGAGGUCCUCGUCGAUGACCGACAGGUAACAAUGCAGCUUUGGGACACUGCCGGCCAGGAGCGCUUCCAGUCCCUGGGCGUGGCUUUCUACCGUGGUGCCGACUGCUGCGUGCUCGUGUACGACGUCAACAACUCCAAGAGCUUCGACGCCCUUGACAGCUGGAGGGACGAGUUCCUGAUCCAGGCCUCGCCGCGGGAUCCCGACAACUUCCCCUUUGUCGUUCUUGGCAACAAGAUUGAUGUCGAGGAGAGCAAGCGUGUGAUCUCGACCAAGCGUGCCAUGACGUUCUGCCAGUCCAAGGGUGGAAUCCCUUACUUCGAGACCAGUGCGAAGGAGGCCGUCAACGUCGAGCAGGCUUUCGAGGUGAUCGCACGCAAUGCGCUGGCUCAGGAGGAGUCGGAGGAGUUCAGCGGCGACUUCCAGGACCCCAUCAACAUCCACAUUGGGGACGAUCGCGAUGGCUGUGCCUGUUAA